AGACCACUCUAUAUGUGGCUUAGUGACGCAUCUGAGGUCCUAAACCUCAGACUCCACACUAGAUUGGGAGUUUCUAGACCGGUACCAUAUCUUCAACAUCUGAUUGCCCAUUUUAAGGCAGUCCAUUAAUUCAGACAAGGAAUAAAUCCCUAAGUGCCCUAAAACAGAGGACACAGCCCUACCCUAAAAGAGAGGAAGAAACAAAAUAAACAGGGAAAAACGAAAGAAAACCACGAGGAUCGACCAUAUGCAUAAUUUUUUUAAAAAAUAAGGAUAUCUAUGUGCUUUCCAUUUAGUUUUAGUGUCCAUACAUAAUUUUCCUAUUUUUGAAUUUUUGGGUCUCUUUGCCCUGGCUUUUAAAAGCCAGGGUCUUACCCAUGCUGGCAUGAGCAGCACCCCAACUGCAUUUAUUUUGGCGUCACUUCCUCUUUCUAUCUCUUCAUUCAGCAGAUUGAAAACAACCCAACAGAGAGAGUGGUGCCAGACCGCUUCAGCGCAAGCAAACACCACUCACCUCAGAGAUCUAAUAUCCUGCACAUCCUACACUUAUGUGUAUUGCACAUUCUCCUUCCUCUCGCCCCUAGAGUCCAUGGAAUUCCAUCCGGUGCUGACUUCUCAGAUCGAGUUUCAGGCCUGGUUUAACAGAGAUGGGGAAUGUAGAGGCUCCGGCAGGUGUGUUAACCAUCGGCCCCCUCCGAUCCCUUGUUUCAGAGAGCCGAGAGCCGUUUCCCAACCCACCAUCACCAUUUCCAGCACUGCUUCUUCUCCUGGCUACUCCUUUAAAGAUCAGAUUGAUCCUUCAACUUACUCAUUCUCGACUGCUCUGAAAGCACUACAGGUAAGGAGUGUUAGUGGCAGGAGGGAGCAUUGCUUGGUGGCAUUACAGGCAAAGUGGGAUGAGGCAGAGAAAUACAUAUGCAAUCCUCUGUCAGGACAAUUCCCUCCCCAAUGCCUCUCUUCCUCCGCCAGCGGCCGAUUGCUCAUUCCCAACCAUGUCAUCGCAAAGUCCGCCCCGCUCUUCUUUGUCGAUUCCCCCCUCCGGCUGCGAAGCACCAUAAGAACAUUGCUAGAGGAAGAGGCUCCAAGCACACCUUCUCAAGAGGAAGGAGCGAAGAAGGGAAGGGUGUCGAGGAUGAUGAGAGAUGUUGGGACACAGAGUACCCCACCUGGCUCCAACUCUCCCCAAACUUCAUUUUCAAGUUCGAGUCCGAGCCCAAGCCCAAGCCCAAGCCCGAGUGCAAGCAGAAGCCGAAGCCGAAGCCAAAGCCGAAGCCGAAGCCGAAGCCCAAGCCCAAGCCCAGUUGGUGUGACCCUUUCUUCCCGAGGCAUGAUAUCUUCUCAGAGCGGCAAAGGCAUAAUGGGUUUGCUUUUUGCCAAGACGAAACCAAAGGAGGAGAUUAAGAGUAAGGAAAAAAGAAAGAGAAGCAAAGAGAGAGGAUGGGUGAUGACGGGGAAAUGCAAAGCAGGGGCAUGCUUUUGGUGAUGCAGUACAACUUUUGAAGUAGCCGAGAUGAUUAAAAUUCAGUGAAAAGGGGACACGAAAUAGUCUUAUUUCAUUUCUUUUUAUUCCUUAUAUUUCAUUCUCCCCCAAAAGGAAAAAGUUUAUAUAAGGAUGCAAC